AUGGAAAAACAACAACCGCCACUCGGAGGCGUUAAAGUCGACCUAGGGAAGCUCAAGAUCGAGUCUAACUCUGCCGCUCGCGAUGUAGACGUUGGUCAGGUACUUGAGGUUGAGACUAAUCCUGCAUUGGAGAAAAAGGUCUUGAAAAAAAUCGAUCUCUUUUUAAUUCCUCUCAUGGGAGCAUGCUACAUGCUCCAGUAUAUUGAUAAAUUGGCAAUCAGCCAAGCAACUCUUUUCAACCUUCGACAAGAUUUGAACCUGAAAGGCAGCGAAUACAAUUGGGCAUCGGCCAUCUUCUACUUUGGAUAUUUUGCAUGGAGUUGGCCUAGCUCUUAUCUGAUUGUCAGACUUCCAUUGGGGAAAUACCUCAGCGUUGCAGUCUUUGUCUGGGGUGGAGUGUUAAUGUGCCAUGCGGCCUGCACAAACUGGGGUGGGAUCAUGGCAGCCCGAUUCUUCUUGGGCGUCGGAGAAGCUUCUAUAGCCCCUGGCUUUGCUCUUAUAACGGGCAUGUUCUACACUCGAGCAGAGCAGCCAGCCAGACAAGCAGCCUGGUUCAUUGGUAACUCUAUUGCUGUGCUUUUAGGAGGCUUGAUUGCAUAUGGCAUUGGUAAUAUUAACAUUACCACUAUUGCCCAAUGGCAGCUGUUGUUUCUUAUUCUCGGCGCCGUCACCUCUGGCUACGCUUUUGUUCUAUUUUUCGCACUGCCAGACUCGCCUGCCAAAGCAGUCUUCCUAAAACCGAACGAGCGUUCUGUUGCUGUGCAUAGAACGUUGAAGAACAAGACGGGUGUGCUGGACACGGGCAAUUUCAAAUGGGGCCAGGUUUGGAUGGCGAUCAAAGAUCUCCAAACUUGGUUUCUCGUGCUCUACACUCUUUGUGUCAACUUCUGCAAUGGUGGUAUCACCAGCUUCUCUGCCAUUAUCAUUUCCGGUUUUGGAUUUGGUCACCUCGAGGCCCUUCUUAUUCAGAUGCCAAUUGGUGGUGCCCAGCUCGUUUUUCUCAUUCUGACAUCGGGUUUCGCUGCUAUCGUUCCCAAGAGUCGGAUUAUCAUGAUGAUCUUUAACACAGCAGUCUCAGUUAUUGGCAUGCUUCUUAUCUGGAAACUGGAUGACACCAACCGAGCAGGCAAGAUGACCGGGCUCUGCCUGGGCAGUGUCUUUGCUGCUAAUAUUCCUCUGUCCCUGAGUCUGAUAAGUUCGAACGUGGCCGGGUUUACGAAGAAGAGUACUGUAAGCUCUCUUAUGUUUGCGGCAUAUUGUAUUGGCAACAUUGUGGGACCUCAGUUCUUCAUCCCAUCAGAAGAGCCUUCAUACCAGACCGGAAUCAAAGCAGCAAUGGCAGGACUUGCCUUUGGCAUUUUCUUCCUGAUUUGCCUAUACGUCUUUUACAUUUGGGAAAAUCGCCGAAGGGAUAGACUUUACGGUUCUCCUAGGGAGAUGACCGAAGGAGAAGAAUUGCAGGACGAGCUUUCCAACAAGACUGACCAUGAGAUCGAGAGCUUCCGAUAUGUACUCUGA